UCGUCCAUCGUCUGCGGUAUUCGCCGUUAAAUAUGUUCUGAGGACCAUAUAUCUAGCACCCAAAACACUUGAGUAUUGUAUUGAGUAGUUUAUAGCCGUUGUUGCCAAUUAUAAUUUAACCGAAAUUAUAUUUGGAGAUUAUUGCUUUUUCUUUCAAAAAACAUUUUUUAUUACUUGUAAUUUCAUAGAAAAUGCAUUUGGAAUAAUUCGAAAAAAAUUCGAGGAAAGCGUUGAAGAUGACGGAAUCCAAAGCUUUAAUUUCAAUCAGCUGGUUGUUACGGAAUAUCUUACAAGAUGUCCAAUGUUCAAUUCGGAUUGUUGGGGUGGAAUGUACUUUGAAAUUACAUUAAAAUAACAGAGUCGCUAGGUGCAAUAAGUGGUGCACGCCUUUAACCCCUUUUUACUGGCAUUUGACCUCCAAACAUUACUCGAUCCCUUUUUUGAGAAAAGCAGGUAGAUCACGCCUUAAAUAGCCCACGUGGAUUUUCCAAAUAUUUGGGGAGUGACGUUUUCUUCCUUUGAUCUAUUGUUUCUGGAAACGAUUACUUCGUUAAUAUUUUAAAUCUCCGUUAUUCUUAAUCGAAGCUUACCGAACGCCUUGCAAGUACAUAAAAUGACAGGUAAGAAUAUCAAUCAUCAAAAACACUUCAAAACAGGAUUUGUAGAUAUAUAAAAUGGACUCUAGAACUAGGAUAAAUCAGUUUAAUUCCUACAACGCUUGGACAACACUUAAAUAAAAAAACUAAACAAAUUGAUUACUAUUCAACAGGAAUGUCUGGAGGAUAUUUCGUAAGUAUUUUUGUUGAAAUAGUGAUAUUUGGAAAAAACUAACUUUUUUUGUAACAUUUUACAGAUCUACCUUACCCCAGAUGAAGUAAAACAGGAAAAAAAGCAGGGCACCAGUAGAAGAGAUGCCAAGGAAACCCAAACAGAAGAGGACGAAAUUUCGGCCAAGUCAUGUCGAAAUUUUGGAAAAGGAGUUUCUGAAGCAUCCCCUACUGAGGCCGGCACGAAGAGCUGAACUGGCGAAGCAGCUUAAUUUAAAGGAAUCCAGCAUGAAGAUUUGGUUUCAGAAUAGACGCAGGAAGGAGAAAGGAAAUGUUCUACAAAAAAUCGUCAACUCAUCAGUUCCGGCUCAUAAAUCCACACAAGUUUAUAGUUCUGUUGACUAUCGUUCUGCGAAGAAUGGUUAUACUCCGACUUUGACGUCUAACACACAAUUUCCAUUAUGCAGUUCUACAUAUUCUCCGCUGAUUUCUCCUACUUCGGAAACUGUGUCAACGCAAUUUUCUCCAUGUAGUUUUGCAAAUGCAUAUCCUACAAACAUUCAAACAAUACCCGGUAACUCAUAUAUGCAAUAUAACCAAAUUGCACCAGUUAACAGUGCAAACGUUUCUUCGUGGCCGGAAAUGCUUCCUGCAUACUCACAACCUCCACCAAUCAAUUCUACUGAUUAUUUGUAUCCUUUAACAAAUACUAAUACUGCUGAAUUUGGAGUCAUACAAUUAACGACCGAUUAUCCUUUAAGUUCUCCAGAAUCGGUAGAAGGAAUUCCCUAUACACCGGAAUCAGUAGAACAACAAAAUGAGAAUACUGAUCUAUACUCCGUAAUAGAAGAAUACCUUGAAUCAAUUGAAGUACAAGAUACAAAUUUGUGCGGUUUGGAUCAAGGAGAUACAGUUCCAUCGAGUUCAGCAAUCAAAUGUAAUCCGUCGGACUAUGUGACGGGCGCUGAGAUGAACAAUCCGUUGGAUUUGAUUAACAUGUUCCAUGCAAAUUAAGACGACAAGGGCUGAUCUAUCCGGACAACAUAAACUUAGUUUAAAUAUAUAUAGUAUGCUAAUUUUGUAUUUGAAUAAUUUUAACGAAAUAUUUUUUUAUGUAUAUAUGUAGUUAGAAGAAAAAUAAAUAUAAAAAAAACACAAUUUUAUUGGUUUAUUUUUAACAUUUUGUUAGUUAGCUAAAAAUUUAUAAAUCUUAGUGGGAUCUACUGCUACGUUUAUGGCUUCAUAUAGAACUAUAUAAUUUUUCAAUGGAUUAUUUUUGUUAGGGUUGAUUUUAGGGUGUUUCGAUUGUGCUCAUGAGCAAAACCAUGCUUCUCAUACAGAAUACUUAUCCCAAGAGAUAUCAAGAUUUUUCAAUAUUUGCUUUAGAAACCCUGAACAUAUCCGUGUCAAUUAAUUUCAGUAUAAAAAAAGAGAUGAACAACAAAAAACUAAUUGUCAAGCUGUUUUAAAGCUUAGCCCAAUCGAUUAUGUAUACUACGAGGGUUGCCCUUUAUAUCGAGGUUUGGCAACCUUAGUUUUGCAAUCUGGCAACUCAUAACUUUGUCGAAAAUUUUGAUAUGUAACAAAACAGUAACUUGACAAAACAGUAACACGAAAAAUGAAUGAAAAAAAUCCUUUUAUUGGAUCUCACAUCAAAUCCAUCUCUCAAAAAAGGCUCAUAUCGAUUGAUCGAGAAAAAUGUA